AGGCAAAGUAACAUUCCAUAUAUAAUGGUGAAUAUUUAAAUAAAUCACCAAUUUGCAGUAAAAGACAAAAAUUAUAAACUGUGACGAGGAAUCCCACCUUCGCCUUUCUCUUUCCUCAAAUCGUCAGCUCGCCUCAGUUCCUUUUUUUUUUUUUUUUUCCUUAUCUCCAAUAAUUCAGAUUACUUUUUUCGCUCCGUUUUUGUGUUUAAUUACUUCGCUUUGGCGAAAACAAGGAAAAUCAGACAUUCGUUAUAGAGUUUAAUGCUAAAUUUGGGAGAAUGAAGUUCUGUAUCAAAUACGAGGAGAUGAUGCAGUCGCUGGGGCAGAAGAAAUUACCUCGGAUUGGUUGCCGGAGCCUCAACAAUAUUUUGGAAGGUUGCAGAAAAAAGCUCAGUUCACAUACUGUUGCUGUUCAUGACGAUCAAGAUAAUGCUGAUGGGAUUUCUGCUGAUCCACAACCCUGUUCAGUGUGUGACGGGACGUUCUUCCCUCUGCUUCUCAAGGAAAUGUCUGGAGUAGUAGGAUUCUUCAAUAGCAGAGCGCGGACAUUGCUUGAUCAUCACUUGCCAUCGGGUUGCUGCAAGUGCUUUUUAUGGUUGGGAGUUAGAUUACUGGGAAACGACGUUGAGCUGAUUCAAGAAUGUGAAAAUCUGAUAGCUUAUGCUACCAUUAACACCAUUGCUUUGCGCAGAAUGCUCAAGAAAUACGACAAGAUUCAUUAUUCUAAGCAAGGUCAAGCUUUCAAGUCGCGUGCUGUAAGCAUGCGGAUUGAGGUCCUUCAAUCACCGUGGCUCUAUGAGCUUAUGGCUCUCCACAUAAAUGUAAGAGAGUCUAAAGAAAAUAUGGGAAAUGCUCCUUUACAAUUAGAGGGGUUCUCUCUCCUAUUCGACAAUGGGAAGCCAUCUCUGUCUUUUGAGCUCUUUGAUUCAAUCAAGCUCAACAUUGAGCUAACCUGCUCCAUAUGCUUGGAGACAUUAUUUGAUCCCGUAUCUCUUGGCUGCGGUCAUCUCUUUUGCUACAUGUGUGCGUGUAAAGCUAGUUCAGUGAGCAUAGUGGACGGGCUGAAGGCGGCUAGCGUGCGUAAAAAGUGUCCAGUAUGCCGCGAGGUAGGAGUGUAUGAAUCUGCUGUGAAUUUGGAAGAAAUGCAUAUCCUAUUAAAAAGAAGUUGGCCUGAGUAUUGGGAAGAACGGCGCAAGACGGAGAAAGCAGAGAGAGUUGAGGAGGCAAAGCAGCAUUGGCAGUCUCAGGCAGCCAGGUUUAUGGGUAUUUGACUACAACCUCACUCACUCUCCUUCUCUUGUAAUUAUCUUUUUAGCCCUCCAAAAUCUGCCUGUAUAUAUGAAAAAUGUGAUCAUCAUCUUUGUCAUCUUCCAUUUGUUUCUGAAUUCCAACUUACAUUCUCAUCAAAUAUAACUUAUCCAACUACUUGUCACA